CAGGCUGUUAAUUUCAAAACGUUUCAAAUUUUUGUCGUUUUUUAUCUGUAUAUGGAAGCGCUACCUGUCGUCACAUCUGGAAUUUCCAUUCCACUUCUCCUUUUCACUGUUUUUGGAAAUUUUCUCGUCUUUGUGGUAAUAACCAAAAACAAGAAACUGCAGAAUGCGAACACAUGCCUAAUAUCCAACCUCGCUUGGUCAGAUUUCGGGUUCGGCGUUGUCACUUUCUUGGACAUAAUUUUGAUUUCGAACAGUGUUCCACAUUCUUCUCUUCAAUUCGUCAUGAACGCUUUGGCUUCCAUAUAUUUUCUCGUUUCACUGGCAGUGGAGCGUUAUUUUGCUAUUCUGAAACCCUUUGUGCAUUUGAAACGAGCGAGCACAUCUCUGAUGUGGAAAGUCACUCUCGCAAUUUGGAUUUGGGUGGGCAUUUUGAGCGCUGGAGGGUACAUUGUUGAUUCUGAAAGCUCUCCGUAUUGUUGUGAGAAUGCUCCGAUCAUGAAUGGAACAAGCAACUUACAGCUGGCGAACGUAACAACAGGGGCUGCAGCUUGGUUCGAAAUUUUUAGCGCAAUUUACAUAUUUGUUCUCUUGGCAUUUGGUCUUGUUUUACCGAGUGCUGUGAUUAUAUUCUGUUAUUCUCGGGUUAUUUACCACGUCUGGUUCAACACCGAAGACAGAGCAACAAAUCUUGCCGUUUUCAAGUCACGACGCAAAUUAACAAAACUCUUUGUUAUCCUUACUAUAACAUUUCUAUUUACUUGGACUCCAACAUUCGGAAGACCCAUCGUGGAGCGAUUUGGAAAUGGAGAAAACACCACGAAAUACCAACUAUUUUCCAUGUUACUUGCUCUGUUCGGUUCAGCGGCUAACCCUGUGGUUUACUCAUUUCGCUGUCCGAGAUUUCGACAAGAAGUCGUCAAACUGCUAUCUUGUUGUUGCUGUAAAAGAAAGAGAUCACGGAACGGUAACAACUUUUUCGUGACAAAGAGCAUUUCCUUGAAGGAAACGAAGAAGGAGAGAUCUGUUGUUGAGCUGGUUUCAAUUUCAUUCCGCGCUUAAAUCUUCCAGGACAACCAUUAGACCCGCAUGUACACCAUUUACUUUGCGUGUGAAUUAUUAACGGCCACACUACAUACAUAUACAACCUUUAUUUAUACACGACAAUAGACGUCAAA